AUGGGGGUGCGCAGAGCCGGCCGCGGCAGCCAAUCGCGCGGCUGGGGGCGGGGCCGCGUCACGUGGCGCACGGGGGGCGCGGCGCCGGCGGCAGCCAGCACGUGGCGGGCCUCGGGACUGAUUGCUGCCCGGCGGCACGGUGGGGCGAGCGGCGGCGGCGGCAGCUGUGAACAGCAAGAUAGAAACAGAGUUUCUGAAGAACUUGUAAUGCUUGUGCAAGAAAUGAAAAAAUACUUCCCAUCAGGGAGACACAGUAAGCCAAGCACUGUCGAUGCCCUCAACUAUGCCCUUCGCUGCGUGCACAGAGUACAAGCAAACAGUGGGUUUUCCCAGACCCUCAGUCAGAGUGGAGCACCUCAAGCAGCUGCGACCACCUACAGUCUCGAGGAGCUGGGAAUGGCUACCUCGGGCUACCCUUCCAAAAACACAGAUACCUUUGUGGCAGUUUUUUCCUUUCUGUCUGGAAGGCUAGUGCACAUUUCUGAACAGGCUGCUUCAAUCCUGAAUUGUAAGAACGAUUUCUUGGAGUCGUCUCACUUCGUGGAACUGCUCGCUCCCCAAGAUGUGAGGGUUUUCUGCGCACACACUGCCCACGCUCGCCUCCCCCUCUGGAACAGCUGGGCCCAAACAGCAUCUCAGUACGACUCCACUCCGGUGAAGUCCUUUUUCUGCAGGAUCCGGGGAGGCCAAGACACAGAGCAAGAGAAGCAUUACUGCCCAGUCCGGAUUAUCCCCUAUCUGCUGCAUGUAUGUAGCUCUGCCCAGCUGGAAUCUGAGCCCUGCUGUCUCAUCCUGGUGGAGAAGAUUCACUCUGGUUAUGAAGCUCCUCGAAUCCCGGUGGAUAAAAGAAUUUUUACCACAACACACACCCCAGGAUGUGUCUUUCUUGAAAUAGAGGAAAGAGCAGUGCCUUUGCUGGGUUAUCUACCUCAGGAUCUAAUGGGAACAUCCGUUUUAGCUUAUCUGCAUCCAGAAGAUCAUUCUCUCAUGCUCACUGUACACCAAAAAGUCUUGAAGUAUGCAGGCCACCCUCCCUUUGAACACUCACCCAUCCGAUUUUGUACCCAAAAUGGAGAUUAUGUCAUCUUGGACUCCAGCUGGUCCAGCUUUGUGAACCCAUGGAGCCGGAAGGUGUCUUUCAUCAUUGGUCGGCAUAAAGUUCGAACGAGUCCGUUGAGUGAGGAUGUUUUUGCUACCAGAAAAAGGAAGACAAACAGUCAUGACAAAGACAUAACAGAACUACAAGAACAAAUUCACAAACUUCUCUUACAGCUGGUUCACAGAGGCGCCUCCAGCGGCUUCGGAAGCCUGGGCGGCAGCGGCUCCCACGCGCCCUGCGUCCGCCUCGCGGCGUCCAGGGAGUCCAGCGGGCCCCGCGCCGAGGCCGCGCGCCGGGAACCGUUGCCUCCGCAGCAGGUGUGCGCCAGUGGAAACAAAACUACGACUCUGGGACAGCAGCUCUACGUGGAGUCAAUGGCCAAGCCCCCAGAUACGCGGGUGACAGGGACGCGCCCGGGACGGCUUGGCGGUGAAUGCAGGGCGUUUCUGUCACUGCAGAAAACAUUAAAAAACAAUAGUAUGCCCCUGGAGUCUUAUGAAGAUUGGAGAAAAGACCAGCAUAACCCAUCACACCAGCAAAUAAACUGCAUUGACAGUGUUAUCAGAUACCUGAAGAGCUACAACAUUCCAGCUUUGAAAAGAAAGUGCAUAUCCUGUACCAAUACAACCUCUUCAUCCUCCGAAAAAGACAGACACAACCACAAGCCAAAUGAUGCUGAAGACUUGCAUGUGGUGUCUCAGAUCCCAGCCAUAGCCAACCUGGAGAUGCCGACCACCGGGCGGCCCGCACUCGCUGCAGGAGGUACUCCGAGGACCCUGGCCCCCACGGCACUUAGCCUGGGCUCUGGCCUGAACCAGUGCAGCUACCGCAGCACGCUCAUUCCUGCCCCACCACCAGAGACAGGAGACUCUGCUUCCAAGCAGGCCGGGUCAGCUGGCUGCAAGAAGGGGAAGCCCGGGCGGAAGAAGCCGUCGGGGCCGUGGAACAGCAGGGACGCCCAGGACACCUUCUGUCCCCGCUUGGGAGGAGACGGCCGGCACAGGCAGCCCUGGAGCCCUUCCCUCGCCUCCAGCCUUCCCUCCCCGGCUGCCUUGAUGGCUCCCGACCUGGCUACUUACCUCGUCCCAGCCCUGCCUUCUGUGGGAAGAGAUCAUGCAGUGUCCCUGACCGCGCUCAAUCGGCUGCCUAAGGCCACUUUAUGGAAUGACUUGCAGACUUUUCCUGCGCUCCCUUCUUCUUUAGAUACUGUGAUGACCAUUUUCUUGCCUGAUCCCCAUGGCUGUCCCCUGUUGUCACCAUCCUUCUGCCCAUAUGAUUUCCUGGGAACAGCGGGCUCUUCUGGAACGCUGGCCUCACUAUCUGCCGUUGCUCCACACCUGGAGCCACUGUCCUCUGUCCCCGGCCGGAGGCGGGCAGAGGGAAAAUGGGAGAUGCGGUGUGGAGAGCACCCCUGCGUUAACUCAGGGAGCAGCUCACCGCUACAGCUAAACUUACUGCAGGCAGACAUGCUCGGAUCCUGUGAAUCUUCAGAUCAGACGAGAAGGGAUAUUUGUCCGGAAGCAAAGUCUGUAAGUGACACUAACCUCCAGCACAUGAGCGAGAACAUAAAUGUGGGUCCUUGUCGCGUCUCGGGCAGUCGUGGGAAGAGCAGCGGUUUUGCCGCGGGUGAGCUGUCCACGGCACUGCUCCACGAGGAGCCGCCGUCUGGAACGGGUUCUGCGGCAUCAGGAAGCAGGGACAGUAGUGUGGACUUCGCUAGUACUGAUUGUCCUGAAACCACCUCCAACGGGCAGCAGUCUGAGGACGCACAGGAAGAGGAAACAUUUCCUGGUUUAGCUGACGAGGCCAUGUGGAGAAGGAGAAAGCAAACUCCUGAGCGCGUUCUCAUGACGUACCAGGUACCUGAGAGGGUGACAGAGGCUGUACUGAGCGAGGACCUGGAGAAGCUGGCGGGCCUGCAGGGGCGGCAGCCCAGGUUCUUAUGUGGCCAGAGGGAGGAGCUGGCCAAGGUGCACUCUUGGAUUCAGAGCCAGACUGUCCCUCAAGGAAUAGACAUCCAAGGCUGUGUCACUUGCGAAAGCCAGGACUCCCCGGGCGACACCGCGGAACCCUGUGGUCAAGCUCCAGCAGCAAACAGCGGAUGAGCGGCCGUGGAGGCGCCCCCGCGGGGACCCGUUGGACAACCAGACUUCUUGUGCGGGACGGGAGGGAGGUGUUGUGAGAAAUAAAGUCUCCUCGUUCCUCGUCCAAAAAAAAAAAAAAAAAGACUCUAAGUGACCAUGAACUUGUCACUGAAUGUUACGGUUUUCCCUUCUUGAGUUUUUAAUGGGCUUUGUUUUCCUGAAGCAAACGCCAUGUAUCCAGUCCUUUAUGUCCACGUCCCGGGGGCAUUAAAGCUGUCAGUUAGGUGUUUUUUCUAGUUCUGCCAUCCUCUGAGGAGACCGGAUGGCCUCUAGAGAGGUGUGUGCUCAGGCGGCACCCGAAAUCCACGGUAGUCACAAGUACAGCCAGAAAUAGCCCCCAAACUUGGCCACCUUCCUUUCCUUCUGGUGUUACAGGAAUCAGUUUCCCUGUGAGAGGGCUCGACAUUCCACCUGCGGGCCGUCCGCGUUCAGAAUCGUUCCCAGAAAUGAACUUUCCUCUGGUCCUCGUGCAGCUUGGCCUUUCCCUCCGUAAUUCAGGUGGAACGUUCUCGUUUGCCCACAGCACGAGUCACUUCGGUGUCCACCAGUGGUAGCAAAGACCACCCGUCCGUACACUGGAAGUACCUGCUUGUCGGGGUUGGCUUUUGAGCUUUGUUCUUGUAGACGCCUUUCUUUUAAUUCUCCGCCUUCCACUGAAGUUCCCGAAGUCCUGCCCUCACAGUGGAUCUGCUCACCACGAGUGUGUUCCUCGGAAGCUGAAGUUAGCUCUUGCGUGUGUGACGUUCAGAGAGAGCUCCUCACUCAACCCGUGGUAUUCCCCUUUCUGAUGUUUUUGUUUUUAAAAUAAUGACUGCAAAAAGGUUCAGAAGUCAGGUUACAAAUAAUUAUUGUUCUUUCAUGCCUCAGUGUUUUAAUGUCUCACCCGAAAUCAACAGUUAACUCUUUCUUUCCAACCAAUUUACACACAAGAAGUCUGGCCAUCUUUGCUGGAGAUCUGUAAGUGCCAUGAAGGGCUGCGUGGGAUAGCAGUGGCCCACGGGGACAGCAGUGGCCUGCGGGAGCCCCGCCAUCCUCACAGGGGUGCAGCAGUCAGAGAUCAGUGCUUCCUGCGUGGCCAUAAUAGUGUCUUCAAGGAAGUGAGUGGGUUGUUUACUUGAUAAGUUCGCUCCCUGCUCUUCAGAGAAGUCCGUGGUUCCUGCCCAGACUCUGGAUGACGUGGGACCCACACAGAGGAGCAAGAGGACCAGAAGCCAAUAAUGGAGCAGCAGUAACCUUUCAUCUUCUAUCUAACAGACUGAGCUUUCUUUUUUUGUUUUAUUUUGUUUUUUUGUUUUGUUUUUAAGAAAACACUCUUCCUCCUCUGAAGUUUUAUACCUUUUUAUAAAAGUAUAUCAUGAUAAUGGUUAGGAGACUUAACCUUUUUAUCUGUGAUUGCAUGAUGACUGCUGAGCCCUGAUUCUCAAUUCCCGUAGCUCAGGUUUGCUUUCUAAAAUGGGUUUUCCUGGAAGGCAGUUCUGUGCGUUCCAGCCAUUUUUGAAUGCUGAGCUGUUCCGUGCAAGUGUUGCAGCGUUAGGACAGGGGAGCUCUCAUGCUCUGUUCGGUCCGGAUGAUUUCUGAGCCCUCAUCGUGGCAGUCAGGUGGUGUGGUAUUUUUGCCCUUGGUGAGAAAUCAAAUUUUAAAAAACUAACCAGCCCGGAUGUUGUCCAUCAGUGUACUCUUCAUAACCUUCUGCAGGGACAAAAAUUUUAAUCUGCAUAAAUCAGAAAUGACACGUGGCUGUCAGAGGUCAUGCAGCUUCAUGCAGCACGUUUUGUACCUUAUGUUCUCAGUCGUGGAAGCAACUCUUUUUCAGUCUUUCUGGUACUGGUUUUAUCUCACUUUGCUGAUCUCUUUGCCUUAGCACACAUCUUACGGAGUGCACCUGACACCAGACUCGGUGUGAAACUGGUGCUUGCUGUAGGCAGAGCUGUAGUACCGCGUGUAACUUUCAUAUGUUGACAAGUAGCUCAGUUGGUGUAGGUAGGGAUUGGACCGUGAUGCUUGUGCUGCUGGAGCGAGGCAGAGGCUCAGCAGUGACGCUGCUGUCCCCCAAGGGGGCUGUACCCACUUUUACACUUUGUCGUGCAAGUUUAUUAACUUUUUGUAUUAAUAACUACAGGAAUGGAUAAUAAAAAUGUGUAUUAUAGGUUUUGAUGUUUACACAAAUAUUACCCAAAAGGCUGCAUUUUCUUGGGUAGGAGGUCAGGAUUUAUGAAAAACAGAAUGCUGUGUGAACGGAGUUGUUAUGCAAUUAAGUAAAACUUCAUUAUAAUUCUCAAGGUCAAUUUAAUCUAAACUGAAAUUUUGUUUCAGUUUAUAAUUGUGUGAAUUUACUUGUUUUUAAUGGUUAUUAAUACUUCAAUCAGAUAUCUUUUUCAAGUAAAAACAAAUAAACUGUGUACAUGUAGAACCUGA